AUCCUCAUUGUGUUCAUAAACAAACAACUCUUCCCUUUCUCUCUAUUCCAACUCUUGUGUUUCAAACCUAGAAAGGAAUUAAUAGGUCACUAUUUUUCCUAGCUUAUUUUUAAGCCAUUUGUAGUUUGAGAAUUAUAUAAUUAUAUUUCUCUUAAUUUGGUGUCUUAUAUAGUUUGUGAAUCUUGAAUCUUGAAAAUCUAGACAUAAUGAUGUCCUCACCUUCAGAAUUAAGCCUUGAAUGCAAACCCCAUCAAAGCUAUUCUAUGCUUCUAAAAUCUUUUGGUGAAAAAAUUGAUCAAACCCAAAAUUUAGAAGAAUUUGUUGCUCGACUUGAAGAAGAAAGAGUCAAGAUUGAUGCUUUCAAACGUGAACUUCCCCUUUGCAUGCAACUUUUAACCAAUGCUAUGGAAGCUUCAAGACAACAACUUCAAUCCUAUAAGGAAAAUCAAGGGAGAAAACCAGUUUUUGAAGAAUUCAUUCCACUUAAGAAUAAUAAUGCAAGUGGUGAAGGAGAUGAAAAAAUAACAAACACAACUGAUCAUAAUAAGGCAAAUUGGAUGACUUCUGCACAAUUAUGGAGUCCAGGAAGUGAAGAAAUUAAAGAAAAAUCCACACAAACAUCUUCUAAAGAAAUUACUGAUAUUGGUAUUUCAAAACUAGCCUUUGACAACAAUUUUCCUAGCCCAACACUAGCUCUUGCUUCAACUAAACAAAGUAUUGAAAUAGUGGAAGAUAACAAGAAUUUGGAAAUAGUGAAUAAUUAUUCUGGAAAAGAUAAUUCAAUAUUGGAGCAAGGAAAAGGAGGUUCUACUAUUAAUCAGCAGCCAGAUUCUCAAAGUACAGGAGCUGUAACCAACAGUACAAGUACUCAACAACAUAGAAAGGCAAGAAGAUGUUGGUCACCUGAUUUACACAGGCGUUUUGUUAAUGCUCUUCAAAUGUUAGGUGGUUCUCAAGUGGCCACUCCAAAACAAAUCAGAGAACUGAUGAAGGUUGAUGGUUUGACCAAUGAUGAAGUUAAAAGCCAUCUGCAGAAGUACAGACUUCACACGAGAAGGCCAAGUCCAAGCCCACAAGUAGCAACAUCAGCACCUCACCUGGUGGUGUUAGGUGGCAUAUGGGUCCCACCAGAGUACGCAGCCGCCGCUGCACACGGCGGUGCACCACCUGCAGCCACCCUAUAUGGAGCACAUCCAACUAGCCAUGCACCUUCACCACACUACAUUGCAGCCCCGCAUGGAACAAUGGCUCAAGAAUUUUACACUACUACUGCACCACAACCUUUACAAUCGCUCCACCACCUCCAGCACCACCACCAGCAUCAGCAGUUGUACCAUCACGGCGGCCAAAUGUACAAGCCACCCUCAAACUCACAUACUCAAAGCUCGCCAGAACCCGAAUCCCGAGGAACCGGUCACGGUGGUGACAGGUCGGAGAGUAUUGAAGAUGGAAAGUCAGAGAGCAGUAGCUAAGAAGAAUUUCUACGUAACAAUUUUCUGUGAUUAAAUUUAGUUUAGUGUUAACUAAUUAAGAGUUAGCUUAGAUUAAUUAUUAGAAGGUUCUUGUUGUUGAAAGAACUGGGAAAAAUAAGGUGCAUCUUCCUGUUUUAUGUUACACGAACGCAAGGGUAAAAAGGGCAUAAUGAAAAAAGGUAGUGUUUGUUUUUCUUUGAGAUUCCAUUGUAUGCUUUUGAUAAUAUCCUAAUUGGAUAAAGUUUGAAAAUCAGAUUUAUUUGGUUUCUUGGCG